AUUGAAUCUUGCUCGCAGGUUCAACUUUGGCUCCGGGCCAGGUCGGGUUUUGCCGCGUAUUUGCAGACCCAGCCUGGCGUUGGCCGGCCGGGUGCGGCUCUGGCGACCCCGAGCCCCAUGGCAACUCGUCAUGUGCUCUCAUUCAUAAAUAUGUAGCCUGAUUUGGCGGCUCGCUCUGCUCGUCUCCUCCCACCAUCGACUCUGGAAUAAGGGGUUCAGAUUGGUGUGUAUAGCGAGCAUGGCCAGCGUGCCGUCGGCGUCUGGUUCAAGACGCCGGCGCACGAUUUGCUUAGUGACCGUGGACUCGGCAAUCUUUUAUCGUACCAAAAAUCAGAUCCGAUCAGUCUCAUGGAUGGUACACCAUCUCUCCUUUACCUUCCAACCCAUUACCACAUGGUCCUCAUCCAGGUUUUUACUGUGUGUGGGGGGGCUGUAAACCUCUCCCCGAAGGGGAAGGAGGAAGUUGGAAGAGGAAAUUUUGCAGACUACCUACGCCCAGAGGGCUGGUGGGAUACCACUUGCCUCUCGCAUCUUUUUAGGUGUCAUCGCGCAUGGAGGCACCAAGUCAUCUUCCAUUGCUGAGCGCUGGGAUGCGCAUUGUUGUCGAGCGCACGUUCGUGUCAGUGGUGGAGGAGGACAGCAGCUCGAUCCUGGAGAUGGCCGUCAAGCGGGCGUUUUCUGCGCCGGUCGUGUCGAGCAGGAGGGGCGAGCCGCCCGCGGGCACGCGGGGGGAACAGGCCAAGAGCUUCGAUAUCCCCCUCGAAUUGGCCCAGGACCCGAUCACGCCCAGCGCAUCCUCGCCAUCGACGGACACAGCUGGGGCCAGCCUAGCGAGGGGCACGCAGUCGUGA